AUGCAUUUUCUUUCCACUCCGUUUGUAUUUCUCUUUCUUUCUCUUCUCUCUCUCACUCAUCUAUCUAUCUAUCUAUCUAUCUAUCUUCUUUCAUUCCCGAACUUUUGCUACUCAUAUUUACCUUAUCACUGUGCACCUAAACAUCUCUUUUCUUUACUUUUUCUCUUUUUCUCACUAGUCAUCAUUUUCCGUCAAAUUCUCUUUCUGUUCCACUAUCCUCUAAAUUUUGAUCCCCCACCCAUGUUCCACUUUAUAACUUCUUUUAUCUAUCGUCAUUCAUAUAUAACAUCUACUUGCUUACUGCUUUUUAGUGCAUCUCCAUUCAUCUUCCAAUCUUUCUACAUUACUCCUCUCUCUUUAUUUACCAUUCUCUCCAUAUACCCCUCUCUUUCUGGCUUUCUUUCUCGAUCUAAAGAUUCUACUUCGUGCGCACACAUCAUACUACUUAAACGCAGUCAAAUUUCCUUAAUUCCCCCUAUACAUUUUUUUCUCCACUCAUUCUUUCCUUUCUUUUUCUUUCGUUUCUUCAUAAAAUAUUUUAUUUUCCUUCUGAUUCUCCCUUCAGUCGUUCCUUCUUUCUUUCUUUCGUUUGUUUGUUUCUUUCUUUUUUCUUUCUUUCUUAACGUCAUACAUACUUUUUUAUUUCUCUUCACUCGUACAUUAUUGUUUCUUUCUUUUCUUUUCUUUUCUUUUCUUUUAUUUUUUUUCUUUGUUUUUUUUAUUCUGUUCUUUCUUUCUUCAUAUGAAUAUUAUAUUGUUUUAAUUUUUAUUAAUUCCUUCUUUCUUUUUUGUCAAUUUAUGUCUUUUUUCUCUUUCUUCAAACAUUUUCUAUUUCUCUCCUCAGUUGUUCUUACUUUUUUCAUACAUUAUUUUAUUUUCUUUCUAUUUUUCUCCUCGGAUAUUCUUACUUUCUUAUGUUUGUUUAAUUCUAUCUUCUAG